CUGACCCGGAAGCGGAAGUCACUUAGCGAAACGGAAAAAAUCCGGAGCCGACUCUCAGCCCCAGUAGAGGUUUAGACUGGGGUCUCUUGGCGGGAGGGUUGAAGGCGGGUGUUCUGCCGGUUGCUGCGGCCGCCUCCCAGGACACCAGAGCUGGGAUUUCCCUCGCGCUGUAGACCUCAGUUCAGAAUAGGAUGCUGGGACACCAGAAGAGAUGAUGCCUUCAGCAGUGAAUCGUACCCUGCACUAGAGAAGUCCGGGAAUGACGUGUUCCUGGGCUGGAUUUCUUCACCCUGGAAUUCAUGCAGUUCAUUUCAGAAACACUGACCCUCUGCUUACUGUGACACAUCCUCAAUAAAGGUCUGAUGGACAGACCUUUUCUGGUGACUUUGUGGCUUUUUUCUUCAUAUGGAAGUUGGAAGACAAAGUCAAAGGGACCAAAAGUUACUGCUUUGGUGAAUAACUUUGUUCUCAGAACAUGGGCCCUCGUUUAAAGCUGCAGCUGUGAUCCUCGGCUGUCUGUUGGCAUUGAAGGGACCUGAUGUUUUACGUUAUUGGUGGAGUCACAGUGUCUGUGGUUGCAUUCUUCUUCACAAUUAAGUUUCUCUUUGAGCUUGCCGCACGUGUAGUCAGCUUCCUUCAGAAUGAGGACCGUGAGCGCCGAGGGGAUCGAACUAUUUUUGACUACGUGCGGGGAAAUUACCUGGAUCCACGGUCUUGCAAAGUCUCCUGGGAUUGGAAGGACCCCUAUGAGGUGGGCCACAGCAUGGCCUUCCGAGUGCAUUUGUUCUAUAAGAAUGGGCAGCCUUUCCCUGCACAUCGCCCAGUGGGACUUCGAGUUCACAUCUCCCAUGUUGAACUAGCAGUGGAAAUUCCAGUGACCCAGGAAGUCCUUCAGGAGCUCAAUUCUAAUGUCGUAAAGAUAGCCUUCACUGUGCGCAGGGCUGGGCGUUAUGAAAUUACAGUGAAGCUUGGUGGAUUAAAUGUGGCCUAUAGUCCCUACUACAAAACUUUUCAGCCUGGAGUGGUAGUUCCUUCCAAGACCAAAAUUGUGUGCCAUUUUUCUACUCUUGUGUUGACCUGUGGGCAACCACACACCCUUCAAAUAGUGCCCCGAGAUGAGUAUGAUAACCCUACCAACAAUUCUGCAUCCUUGAGAGAUGAGCACAGUUACUGUUUGUCCAUUCAUGAGCUAGGCCCUCAAGAAGAAGAGAGUACUGGAGUUUCAUUUGAGAAGUCAGUGACAUCCAACAGGCAGACUUGCCAGGUGUUCUUGCGACUCACCCUGCAUUCUCGAGGUUGCUUUCAUGCCUGCAUUUCAUACCAAAAUCAGCCAAUCAGUAAUGGAGAAUUUGACAUUAUUGUCCUAAGUGAGAAUGAGAGAAAUAUCGUCGAACGCAAUGUGUCCACUUCAGGAGUGAGUAUUUACUUUGAGGCAUAUCUUUAUAAUGCCACCAACUGUACCAGCGCACCAUGGCACCUUCCACCCACGCACAUGAGCUCUUCACAGCGCCGGCCCUCUACUGUUGUGGAGGAGGAAGAGGAAGACUCACCCUCGGAGUGCCACACCCCUGAGAAAGUGAAGAAACCAAAGAAGGUGUACUGCUAUGUGUCACCAAAGCAAUUCUCAGUGAAGGAGUUCUACUUGAAAAUCAUUCCCUGGCAACUUUACACUUUCCGAGUAUGCCCAGGAACAAAAUUUUCAUACCUUGGCCCCGACCCUGUUCAUAAACUCCUCACACUAGUGGUAGAUGAUGGCAUUCAACCUCCUGUGGAGCUCAGCUGUAAAGAGAGGAACAUUCUUGCAGCCACUUUCAUCCGCUCUCUACAUAAGAACAUUGGAGGUUCCGAGACCUUUCAGGACAAGAUGAGCUUUUUCCAGAGAGAGCUUCGGCAGGUACAUAUGAAAAGACCACAUUCCAGAGUCACCCUGAAGGUCAGCAGACAUGCCUUGUUGGAAUCGUCUCUGAAGGCCACUCGGAAUUUCUCUAUCUCAGAUUGGAGCAAGAACUUUGAAGUAGUUUUUCAGGAUGAGGAAGCUCUGGACUGGGGAGGGCCUCGCCGGGAAUGGUUUGAGCUAAUCUGCAAAGCACUAUUUGAUACCACCAAUCAGCUCUUCACCCGAUUCAGUGACAACAACCAAGCAUUAGUGCAUCCCAACCCUAAUCGCCCAGCUCAUCUGCGCCUGAAGAUGUAUGAGUUUGCAGGGCGGCUGGUAGGCAAGUGUCUUUAUGAGACCUCUCUAGGAGGAGCCUAUAAGCAAUUGGUCCGAGCUCGUUUCACCCGUUCUUUCCUGGCCCAAAUCAUAGGACUACGAAUGCAUUACAAGUACUUUGAAACAGAUGACCCUGAAUUCUACAAAUCUAAAGUUUGUUUUAUCCUCAACAAUGACAUGAGUGAGAUGGAGCUGGUCUUUGCAGAAGAGAAAUAUAACAAAGCAGGUCAACUGGAUAAGGUUGUAGAACUCAUGACAGGUGGAGCUCAAACGCCAGUCACCAAUGCAAAUAAAAUCUUCUAUUUAAACUUGCUGGCCCAGUACCGGCUGGCCAAUCAAGUGAAAGAGGAAGUGGAGCAUUUCUUAAAAGGCUUGAAUGAGUUGGUUCCUGAGAACCUUUUGGCAAUUUUUGAUGAGAAUGAGCUCGAGUUGCUGAUGUGUGGAACUGGAGACAUCAGUGUGUCUGACUUUAAAGCCCAUGCAGUGGUUGUUGGUGGUUCAUGGCAUUUCAGAGAAAAGGUUAUGAGGUGGUUUUGGACUGUGGUUUCCAGUCUAACCCAGGAGGAGUUGGCUCGGCUGCUUCAGUUCACAACAGGUUCUUCUCAACUACCGCCCGGAGGCUUUGCUGCCCUCUGCCCCUCAUUUCAGAUUAUUGCAGCACCAACCCAUAGCACGCUGCCUACUGCACAUACAUGUUUUAACCAGCUGUGCCUCCCUACGUAUGACUCAUAUGAAGAGGUGCACAGAAUGCUGCAGCUGGCCAUCAGCGAGGGUUGUGAGGGCUUUGGCAUGCUCUGACCACUCGCUUGUUGCCUACUUGGCACCCAUGCUUUCUGGAGCAUCUGGGCACGUGUUACAGACAUAAUCACUGUCCUAACACGCAUAACCAUCAGCCAGAAGAUGCCACAUGCUUCCCUCUGUCUGGAUUCUUUUGUCACCUGCAAGCCUUGUCCUUACCUCAUAUGCAGCACAGGCCACUUUGGCAUGGUACCUAAACUGAGCUCUUUGGUCAUUCAGGAGAAGACCAUGCUGUUGUCGUUUGAUUUGGUUCUUUGAAGAUUUCACUAGCUGAAUCUGCCUCAGAGGCUGAAGAUAACACACAGGGCUUGGCCCUGUUGGGAAGCACAUGUGCAGAGAGCCUCAAGUCAUGCCUUACUUCAGCUCCCUGUGCUAAUGCUUCUGGAAGGUACUCUCUUGGCCCUCACUGCUUGACCAGAUGGGUAUGAGUCCCUCUCCUGGACAGGUGAUUGCUGCUUCCUGUCAGCAGGCAGGACAAACAUGGAGGGAAAGUGGUCUAUUUGAGCAGUCUUUGAUUUUGUCCUCCCACGCAAUGCAACACAGACCAUGGCGCUGCAUUACUUCUCAUGAGGACUGAUAGCACAAAGGAUUUUUUUGUAUGUGUGUGCUAUCAGAACUGGAAAAAACACUUUCCCUGCAGGCAUUUCUGGAAAUGAUCAUUAAUCCAUAAAGAAGAACUUUGAGCUUUUUUUGAAUUUGAGCCCAUGAGAAAAGCAGUCAGACUGAAGAUGUGAAGGACAGUUGAGCUGCAGCCUGCAGUGCUGGAUAUGAUUCUUCCUUAGGGUGAGGUGUAUGUCCAGGCACGUGGCUAGCUUGAAGACUACUAAUGCUGUCCCUGAGUUUAUUCUUAGCACUGAGAUGUGUCUGGGCCUGGCCAUUGACUUUCAGUUACAGUCUCUUAAGAUCUGGGAAUCUUUACCAUUCCACUGAAGAAAGUUUGGUAGCAGAGGACUGGGAUGGUAAGAAUAACAUGCGAGCAAUUCCUCAUCCCUUUGCUUGGUGUUCCCUGGUAGCACUGAGGCAAGGCAAAAAUGAUCACAGGUACUUCCCUUAACUCCAUCAGUUACAGGAAAGGGAACUAUAGAGGGAGGAAGCUACUGUAUAUUAGGUUCACUGUUGAGUGUUGAUUGAAGAAAAGCUGCCACCAUCUCUUAGAAGAUGACAACAUCUUUUUUCAUUAUUGUUUGAAAACAGUUUAAAGCUCAACAUCACAUUGACUUCCCAAAUUUCUGUUUUGAAGAUGGCUCUGCUGCAAGCUACCAUUCCCAAUGGGACACUCAGCUCUGAGACUAUUAUAAGCCAUCUUUAUUGCCAAAACCAGCAAGUACACAGAGUCCUGAGACAAGGCAGGACUUGUGGCAAUGCCUUGGCCUCCUGGAAGCAUGUCUGAGCCCUCCUGUUCCCAGGGAUUAUGAGGAACAAGCCCUCCUGAGCUGCUACAGUUCCUAUGACCUCACUUCUUUGCAGUCAUCAUUUGUCCUUUCUUGGCGUGGAUGCUGACCUCACUGAUCCUGGGGGUCUUGAUCCAACAUCAGGGCCUCUAUACCCCAGGAUUCUCCAUGCCACAUGGUCACUGCUCUCCUCAGGGACCAGGACAAGGUGCUGCUGCUUGUUCAUGUUUUCCUCACGGGAUAUGUAUGGGAAAGCUUGGUCAUCAUGCUGUCGCCCCUCAGGCUCAGAUAGGGGUUUCCAGCUGGGGCAUGUGGGCUAGUUCUGCUGAUUUUGGCAGUUGGUCCUCUUUUGGAUUCCACAUUACCCCCUUCCACAGACAGCCCUGCAGAGACCAGUGCUGGAGAUUGAGUUGAUUUUCUUGACGAGAUCUGUUAUUUUAAGUUCUAGUCAUAGCGUAUUAGUGGCAUGGCUGCACCCUAGCUGGGGCAGCUGCAUCCGUAGGGGGGUCUGUAGGUACCAGGGACUAUUUAACAAAACCCUUUUAUAAGCUAGGCAUGGUAAUCCCUGCAUUCUUGGAAUUGAGGCAGAAGGAUCACAGCUUUGAGCCCAGCACGGGCAACCUAGCAACUUAGUGAGACCCUGUCUCAAAAUAAAAAAUAAUACAAAAGAGUCUGGGGAUGUAGCUCAGUGCAAAAGGCCCUGAGUUCAAUCCCCAGCACUGCAAAAAGAAAAGGCAAAACCCUUUGGUACUAUUGUGGUUUUCUAUUCUUCCAGUUUACUCUCCCCCAUUCUGUUCAAAAGUGUCUUUGCUCCUAUUGGCCUGUGCUUUUACUUGUUUUUCCCCCCUAAUCUUGCUUUGGCACUAUUCAGUAUGGGGGCAAGGUACAUGUUGGUGAGAGAAAGAAUGUGUUAUUUGGGGGGACAUUUUUCUAUUCAUGUUUCUUAUUUUGGUCACUUCUUUUACUUCUGCCCUUGUGGCUUAGAUACAUGAGAGACCAGCUACCCUCCAGGCCUUUUAAUGUCUUUGAAGGAGACCAGGCCUCAAGUAGACACCAAGGAAGAAUGUCAGCAUGGUUCCAGAAAUUUGGCAGAGACCAAGCCCUAUUGCAUACGUCAGGCCAGGUGAAAAGGCCUGGCAUUUAUAGCUGGUAAUGUAAAUAUUUUGUACAAUAAAUAAAUGAAUGUCUAAAAGAACUAAAGAUCAAGUGACUGUUGGCUUUCAGUGGAAGUUCAGGAUUUAAAUUGAAGAUGGUGGAGAAAAACAUGUAGAUGUGCUUUGGUCGGCUCAACAUAAACUACCUAGAGCCUGUUCCACAGCUUGCCCUUUCCCCCUGCCCUGCUGCCUCUCCACAGUGUCAGGCUGCUGGGCCACCCUGCUCAUGGUCCCAGACAACCAUCCAGGAGGCAAGUGCUUGCACUCAGCUCUUAAAGAAGAAACUGGUUUGGCCAGAGCAGAGGAUAUCUAUUUUCAAUCUUUAAAGAUUUGUUGUUGAUUUAUUACAUAAGAAACUCAGUAUAGAAAAUUUUUAACACUUUGGUAUAUAGCCUUCCAGUUUUCAUAGAACACAUUUAUUUAUCAGCAUCUCCACCACCACCCCUGGGGGUUUGCAUGUGACAAACAAGAGAAACACUACUAAAAGUUUGUGGGUGGCAGUUGGUACCACUUCUUUUUCUUUCUUUCUUUCUUUGUUUCUUUCUUUCCUUUCUUUCUUUCUCUUUCUUCCUUUCUUUCUUUCCUUCUUUCUUUCCUUCCUUCCUUCCUUUCUUUCUUUCCUUUUUCUCUUUCUUUCUUUCCCUUCCUUCCUUCCUUCCUUCCUUUCUGUACCAGGAAUUGAACCCAGGGCCUUGCCCUUGCCAGGAAGGUGCUGUGCCACUGAGUUACAUUCCUAGCCCCUACCAGUUCUUUUUGAACCAAAGGUAAUGUUGGUAGAGAGAUAAGACUUGUAAUUUGGGCCCAGAAGGAAAAAUUUAGGGACCCUGACUUUCUUAGGGUAGCAAUCAUCAUGUCUUGAACGUUGGACUCUAAUCCAAAAAGGCAAAUCAGAAUACCCUUUGAAUUUUUUAAAGAGAUACAGAUUAUUGCCCCUACCCCCUAGAUCUAGUGAGUUGGAAUCUUAGCUUGAAAACAAAAUUUGUUUAGUACACACUCUCAACUCCUACUUCAUCAAGUUCCUUGAAUGAUAUGUCUUAAAAAAUAAGCUUUAGGGCCAGGGAUUUACCUCAGUGGUUCCAGCACCUGCCUUGCAAGCACAGGGUCCUGAGUUCGAUCCCCAGUACUAAAAAAAAAAAAUUUUUUUACCCAUCAACUGUUACAUUUUUAGAUUAUUUACAAUCCUACAUCUUUUACAUUUGCUGUUUUUGUGGCUUAAAUAAUUCACUGUGAACAUUAACCAUUUGAUUUCAUCACAGUCAUUCCUAUGAUUUAAGAGGUUGAUUGAAUUACUCUUGAAUUUACACAAUAACUACUAUCUCUAGCCUUUUGUACACUGUCAUUUCUGAGCAAUUGCAAACAGCAGUUUCAGACUUCUGUCCAGCUAUGUUCCCUCAGGACUACAGUAGAGGAGGAUUUUUCCAGCAAGUGUUAAACCCAAAGAGUCCCUAACCACUACUUUGAUUUCACUUGGAUUCUUGAGCAGAGCAGACUAGUUCUGCAUAUCUGGCAAUAUUUCUAUUAAAUGAAUAAUUUUUAUUUAAAUGUUGAGAAGUAAUAUGUACAAAAAGUAUACAGGCAUGUACAAGUUAUUAGCAAUAAUAAACACAUAUAGCCACCAUCCAAGUCAAGAAGUAAAACACUGCAGCCAGGUGUGGUGGUGACACUUGCCUGUAAUCUCAGCACUUGGGAAACUGACAGGAAGAUUGCUACAAGUUUGAGGCCUGCCUGAGCUACAUAAUGAGACCCUGUCUGAAAAAAAAAAAAGUAAAACAUUGCAACAUUGUAGAACACAAUCUUACCCUAUUCCUUACAUAAUGAUUGUCCCCAUAAUUAUUUCAUCAAUGCAAUUUGAAAGAACCUGUUCCAAACAUCACAGGGGGAGAGAAAAAAGAGCCUGUGCAGUCUCUUGGUAAGGUGCUAACUAAGGUCUGUUUCUCCACAGUAAUUACUAGACCUUGUGAUUGUUUUUUAAAAGUCUUCUGAGAUUAUCUCUGCUCUGUGAGAAUCUAAUCCAGAUUCCUGGUGCUGAACCUAAUUAAUUAUACUCUAAGACUAUAAGGGCACUGUUUUUGCAAAGAUUUUCUCCUCAGAUACUCCAAACUGGAUAUUCCUUUCCAUUUAGGCGAAGUUGUGAUUCUCUGGUGGUCAGCAGGACAUUCUUGAGUAUCAUAUAAAUUUAGUAGUAUUGAAAAUGACUCAGCACUAAAUUGUCUCAAAAACUGUGGAAUAGACUAGUAUUCCUGACUCAGAAUACUAAAUCUUGUACAACUAACAGAAAGCUAAAGUUAUUGGAGAGCUGUUUGGUUUUGCCUCAAUUUUCAUUGAAAUGGGAUGAUUUCCAUAUCUGCUAGGAGUGUUUGAUGAUCUUGGUUUAUCUAAGAUAGAAUAAUGCUUCCUAGAGUUGGGAUAUGCUUUGCUAUGAAUACCUCCCCCUCCUCCUAGAGUCAAUUUGCUUUAAUUUUGCUUGUGUUUAUAUAAGAAUACUUUGUGUUAGCCGUGAACAUUGAACUCAGAUGUGGUCUCUACAGGGUGUUCAGUGAAUUCCUGUCAUUAAGGAGAGGUAGGAAAUAAGGAAUGAUAGCUGUUGACUUUUUGCUGUGAUAUCAGAGGUGGCUUUAGUAAAGUUGUCUAGGCUGUCAGUAUAGCCUUGACUUGUCAACACCGGCCAGCAGCAACAGCAGCUUUAUUUUUUAUGUUUACUAUUUUGGUUUUUCGAGACAGGGUCUCGCUACAUAGUUUAGGCUGGCCCUGAAGCCACUAUGUAGCCCAGGUGCAGCAGCUUCAAAAAUGAGGUGGUGACAGUGAAUACCUCUAGGCAAAGUACAGAUCCAUAGCAUCCAAUCAUCUAGUUCCCUUUAGGGAGAUGACAGUUUAUUCAGGAUGAAGCCCGUCAGUGUGGUUUGCUGCUUCUAUUAAGCAGGCCACCAUAGACUUUAUAGUCUGAUAGCCAUGAAUGCCUUAGACCAAGUUCAUUUGGAAAACCAAGCAUAUUUCUGAAUGAGCAAGUUCAUAAGACUUUAUCUUUUAGGGAUGACUAGAAAGAAGUCAAGCUUGGACUGGAGGUAGGAUAAGAGAAAUGUCUUCUAUAAACCUAUGCCCUUGGCCUGGUGGCCUAUCCUGAUAACAGGCACCUAUUUGUAUCCUGUUUCUGUCCCAAGGGCUCCUGAGUCUGCAGCCAAGACAUGUCAUUUUGUGCUUUGUCAAAGAAAAUGUCCUUGGACACUUGGAUUGAAUGUGCGAAAAUACCUUCCGACUAUAGAAAACCAUGAAUUGAUGAGCUUAAAUGUUCACAUUUUAUUUUUAACUCUUGAAGUUCAACUGACCAAGACACACUUUUUUCCAUAUCAGUUUCCUAAUCUGUAAAAUGAUGUUGCUAAUUGAAUAAGGAAAUUAUUGUGGAGCUCUUUGAAAAAAAAAUCUUAUAUAUAAUAUUGUGUUACCAUAUUGACCAUGGCUUAGGGCCCUAGUAGUUUCCAUGGCAAAGAGGUUUUAUGGUUCUGGGGGCAAUUUAAGGUGCUUAGUGUGAAUGACAGGUAUGGAAAUUCAAAAGAGGUUGUGACUUCCUUAUUAGGUCUGGGCAUGCUAGAGAAAACGAGUAUUCAAGACACCUAGUCCAAAGGCCAGAGGAGAUACUUGAGGGGGCUCCACCUCAAACCUGCCAUGUGGGAGACAACAUGAUAGACAAUCCUAGUACCUUUGACUUCUUAACUCAUCUGCUUACCAAAUUGUUAUAAUAGCCACCAUUUUUGAAACUUUAUAUGUUGAGAGCUUUAAUAUACAUUAUCAUAUUUACAGUGAUAUUACAAGGUAGGUCUUAUUUUCAUCAUUUUAUACAAGAAACAGUUGAACGAAAAGUGAAAGUAACUGCCAGGGUUCCUUAGCUAGUAAAUGGUAGAGCUGUGUUUAAACAUAGGUCUGUCAGACCCCAAACCACAUUUCUGGUUCAUCUCUAGCAGAUUAGACCCAGAAAGUUCAGACAUUGGGCCACCAGUGCUCACUGACCACCUCACAUUCAUGUGGUAGUGCUGUGUGUGAUAAACCCUUGGCAUCUUGGUUUACCUACUAGUCACUUGGAGAUUUGAGAUUGAUGGACAUAGAGUUUUACUCAUCCAGGUUAGAGAGCUUGUAGAGGUACAGCUAUUCAUAGUAGUUUUAAAAUCUUUUUCAUGGAGGAAGAUACCAGCUAAUAACCAUGAAGAGACUUAGAAGUUUAAAUGAAUCUACAUAACGAAUACAGGACACCCUUGAGAAUAUAACUGGGGAAACAUCCUGAAAUUUUUAUAUCCUCACUUUGGUGAAAAAUUCAUGUAUCACAUGGAAAUGAAAUAAUGAGAAUAGGUCAGAUACUACACAAUAUUCCAGUGUUUAUUUCUAAUAAUAUAAGUAUGCAGGGAAAAAAAGACAUUUGAAUAAAUGUAUUGUCUCUAUA